CUCACCUCCUUUUUUAUGUGGGGGAUUUCCUUUGUAUUCUUGUGAAACCAAACUAAAGUUCACUCUGGAAAAAAACUUCAGUAGUAGUUGUAAACACUAGUCCACAUUUUUAGUUCAUCUAUCAUGAGCCAUAUUCAUCAGAAAUUCUUCUGCUUUUGUUUCUUUUUGGUCAUCAUGAUUAAGUCUGGUAAUGUAAAACAGAACUCUUUCCAUCCUUCCAUUUCAGACAAAUUCUUUCAUCAAAAUGGCAGCAGAACCACAAGUAGUAUCAACACAGAAAAGGCAUACUUCACCAACAGGAAACUUUUGUCCUAUGGAUCUUGCACAAACAAGGAUAUAAGCAUUUUCCAAAGCCAAUAUUCAUCCACUGGGAUUCCACAAUUCAUGGUUGAAAUUAUUAACACAUGUUUUACAAAUUGUGCCCCUUCCAACAUUCAUCUGAACUGUGGUUGGUUCGCCUCAGCAAGAAUAGUAAAUCCAACAACUUUUAAAAGACUAUCUUAUGAUGAUUGUUUGGUUAAUGAAGGAAAACCUUUGAAGGCUAGCCAAAUUAUUAGAUUUACUUACUCAAAUUCAUUUAUGUAUCCUCUUUCUUUUAAGUCUGCCAAGUUUUGCUAAUCAAUACGAGUCUUGAAUCUAUAUGUAAAUAUUAACAUUUUUCAA